AGUACGCCUAAAUCUAAUCAAGUCAGCUUUCACGAGGUGGUGGCCGAUUCGCAAUUGCCGAGUGGAUCGUCUGCGCAUGACACAGUGACUCAGAUGCACGCUGAGCUGCUCGGUACAUCGAGAGUCUCGUCAGAGUCAUAACAACUUUAAACCUUACUAGAGAUCGGACUGGAAAUACUUUCAACGCUUAUGUGCUUGUUAACAGACGAAAUCCUUUUCUCGGCACGAAGUUAUAUUUUCGUAAGCUUGUCAUCGACACCAGACGACGUUGCCCCCUGUAACCGUUGUCUUAUUCCAUAACAACUGGUUCUGUGAAUUCUAAAUUCAGUCCAGCAAGAAUGAACCAUAUAUGUUGCAUUCCUGUACUCUUAUGUGCAGUUGUUUGGACUCAUUAUGCUCGGGCAGGAUUUAUCGUCGAACCCUCAUCUAUAGAAGGAAUUCAAUCAGAAACUGUUGUACUACCAUGCACGAUACGAAACGAACCCGGCGCCAUUGUUGUUUGGUACAGAAACAAAGCGCAGCUGAGUAUAGAUAACAAUCUAGUGAAUAGUUUAGACCCUGACGUACGAGCAAGAUUCUCUGUCGUUGGCAAUGGAACAUCUGGAGAAUUCAACCUUCAGAUUGUCAACGUCAAACCUGCAGAUGAAAGUCAAUAUUACUGUUCAUUUAUCAGUCGAUCAGGAGGAGCGUCUUCAGUCGUUGCCACCUUGACCGUUUUAAUUCCACCAAGUGAAGGAUAUCCAAAGUGCUCAGUAACUGCCGAGACCCCACAGAACACUAAAAAUGCUUUCUGGCCAGGUGAAGUGGCCCUUCUUAGUUGCGAAUCAAUGGGAGGUGAUCCUGCGGCGAACCUUACAUGGUAUCGCAAGAACUGGACAAUGUCCCACGCGGCCAAGCAUACGAACAUCUAUAGGAGGAUACUUACACCAGGAGAUAAUGGAGUCACCUUCAUCUGCGAAGCGACCAGUAGUGCCUUAAGAGAACCCCGGCGUUGUGAGGUGACCCCUAUGAGCAUUCCACCAGAAGUACAUGUUAGACCUUUGACCAACUCUGUGCAGUUCGGUACCAAUGCCACUUUCCACUGCGAAGUCAGCGCCAUCACACGAGUCCAGGAAUACAACUGGUUUAUCGAGGGAAAUCUCCUUACCCCCGAGACACCAGGUGUGGUCUUCGGCAACAAUGGAAAGGUACUUGUGAUCGCCAAUGUGCAAAUGGAACACGAUAGUAAACCAGUGGAGUGCGAGGCGGUCAUCAAAAAUCGGCUGGUAGCGAGAGCAGGUACCACAGUUGUGGUCAUUCCACCUAGGAAGACGGCGCCACCAAUACCCUCAAAACCCACUGAAAAGGUCACAAUCAUCCAGGUCGAGAAGUCGGAGGUACCAACCUCCCAUCCUAUUUUAUCUGCAAACAUGAAUCUAAUCAUCGUCAUCGUGUCAGGUUCACUCAUAGUUCUCCUCCUGCUCAUCGCUAUCAUCAUGGGUUGCUGGGUCUUCGGCUUCCGCAAGCCGCGAAGACCAAACACAAGGGUCAACAUCGACUACGGCGAAGUCCCUGCAGAAAUGCCUUUGGAUGGCAUUAGCCAUUAUUCCGUACCUGCAGCUUUGUUCAGCACAGAGAUUCCGGAUUCAAGAUUAAACGAAUCUUUCCAUCAACCGCGGCACUUUGACGAAAACGCUUCGGGAUACAUAUCAGCACUGUACGCUACACUGGAUAAAAACAAGAGAUACCCGCCGAAAACGAACAGCUCAUCGUCGCUGCCGGAGAAACCAGUGGCCCAAAUUACUCCGACCGCCGGUAGGGUGGUCCCGCAUUUCGCCGCCGCUUCUACCAUCGACAAACGAAAGUCGACCGGGGCGAUCGCUUAUUCAGACCUGAAGGAUUUAGACAAUGACCCUGACUUUAAGAAAGGGUGUAGUUGUGACUGUAAGUCCGCUGACUAUGAUGAUAACGAAGAUCCUGCCACAGAACAAUGAUUAUGCUGAUCAUGCUGAUCAUCAAGAUCACCAAGUGCUACAGAACUUAGGGUGACAGAACUGUGGCGAUUUGAUUCUGUAGAUCUGACUUAAACAUUCCGCCAUAAAGUCGUACAGAAUA